CUCCCAAGACUCAAACUUCCCGAUCUGUUAACUCUAACGCACGUUGGAUCUUGUUCGUAAAAUUCAGAUGCUUUCUUUUCCGAUCCUACACUGAUCAGAUCUGUGUGAUUCGGUGAUUGGAGAAGAUGUUGACGAAGUUUGAGACUAAGAGUAAUAGAGUAAAGGGAUUGAGUUUCCACAGUAAGAGGCCGUGGAUUCUUGCCAGUCUCCAUAGUGGCGUGAUCCAGCUAUGGGACUAUCGGAUGGGAACUCUGAUCGAUCGGUUCGACGAGCACGAUGGUCCUGUUCGCGGCGUCCAUUUCCAUCAGACUCAGCCUCUCUUUGUCUCUGGAGGUGAUGACUACAAGAUAAAAGUUUGGAACUAUAAGACACAUAGGUGUCUCUUUACCCUUCUUGGACAUCUUGACUAUAUCCGCACUGUCCAGUUUCAUCAUGAGUAUCCAUGGAUUGUUAGUGCCAGUGACGAUCAGACCAUACGUCUGUGGAACUGGCAGUCACGCACAUGCAUUUCUGUUUUGACUGGUCACAAUCAUUAUGUCAUGUGUGCCUCAUUUCAUCCUAAAGAAGACCUCGUUGUUUCAGCUUCUCUUGAUCAGACUGUUCGUGUCUGGGAUAUUGGUGCCCUGAGAAAGAAAACUGUGUCCCCAGCGGAUGACAUUCUGCGUUUGAGUCAGAUGAAUACAGAUCUUUUUGGUGGUGCUGAUGCUGUUGUUAAAUAUGUCUUGGAAGGUCAUGAUCGAGGAGUCAACUGGGCUGCAUUUCAUCCCACAUUGCCUUUGAUUGUAUCUGGAGCAGAUGAUCGCCAAGUGAAAUUAUGGCGCAUGAAUGAGACAAAGGCUUGGGAAGUGGACACUUUAAGAGGGCACAUGAAUAAUGUGUCCUGUGUUAUGUUCCAUGCCAAGCAGGACAUAAUUGUAUCCAACUCUGAGGAUAAAAGUAUUCGUGUGUGGGAUGUAACAAAGCGAACUGGAAUACAAACUUUCCGCCGAGAGCAUGACAGAUUCUGGAUUCUUGCUGCUCACCCAGAGAUGAACCUUUUGGCAGCAGGUCAUGACAGUGGCAUGCUUGUCUUCAAGCUGGAAAGAGAGAGGCCUGCUUUUGCAGUGAGUGGGGAAUCUCUAUUCUACUGCAAGGAUCGCUUUUUACGGUUUUAUGAGUUUUCCACUCAAAGAGAGAUGCAAGUGAUUCCAAUUCGACGUCCUGGUUCAACAAGCCUGAAUCAAAGUGCAAGAACCCUUUCUUACAGUCCAACAGAAAACGCAGUUCUUAUCUGCUCAGAUGUGGAUGGUGGAUCUUAUGAAUUGUAUGUCAUUCCAAAAGACAGCAUUGGUAGGGGUGACAGUUUGCAAGAGGCGAAGAGAGGCCUUGGGACCUCUGCCAUCUUUAUUGCUCGUAACAGAUUUGCUGUGCUUGACAAAAGCAACAACCAAGUACUAGCCAAGAAUCUAAAGAAUGAGGUUGUUAAAAAAAGUGGCCUACCUAUUCCAACAGACACAAUAUUCUAUGCUGGAACUGGUAACUUGCUGUGCCGGUCUGAGGAUAGAGUUGUUAUCUUUGAUCUCCAGCAAAGGCUUGUCCUGGGAGACCUGCAAACCCCUUUUGUGAAGUAUGUUGUUUGGUCUAAUGACAUGGAGACUGUUGCCUUGCUCAGCAAACAUGCGAUUAUCAUUGCAAGCAAGAAGCUUGUGCACCAGUGCACACUUCAUGAGACAAUCCGUGUGAAGAGUGGAGCCUGGGAUGAAAAUGGUGUUUUCAUUUACACAACUCUGAAUCAUAUCAAGUACUGCCUCCCCAAUGGAGAUAGUGGGAUAAUUAGAACACUUGAUGUGCCUAUAUACAUAACAAAAGUUUCUGGGAACACUAUCUUUUGCUUGGAUCGGGAUGGAAAGAAUAAAGAUAUAGUUAUUGAUGCAACAGAAUAUAUUUUCAAGCUUUCUUUACUUAGGAAGAGAUAUGACCAUGUUAUGAGCAUGAUAAGAAACUCACAGCUCUGCGGUCAGGCAAUGAUUGCAUAUCUGCAACAGAAGGGGUUCCCUGAAGUUGCUCUUCAUUUUGUUAAAGACGAGAGAACUCGCUUUAAUUUGGCUCUGGAGAGUGGAAACAUUCAAAUCGCAGUUGCAUCAGCUAAGGAGAUUGAUGAGAAAGAUCACUGGUACAGGCUGGGUGUGGAAGCUCUUCGCCAGGGCAAUGCAGGUAUAGUGGAAUAUGCCUACCAGAGGACAAAGAACUUUGAGAGGUUAUCCUUCUUAUAUCUCAUAACUGGAAAUAUGGAUAAGCUGUCAAAGAUGUUAAAAAUUGCUGAGGUUAAGAAUGAUGUGAUGGGUCAAUUUCAUAAUGCCUUGUAUCUCGGUGAUGUCCAAGAACGUGUCAAGAUCUUGGAGAAUGCUGGUCACUUGCCUCUUGCUUAUGUUACAGCUUCUGUCCAUGGGCUACAAGAUGUUGCUGAACGUUUAGCAGUUGAAUUGGGAGAUAAUGUUCCCUCUUUGCCUGAGGGGAAAGUACCCUCUCUACUCAUACCCCCUAGCCCCGUCAUCUGCGGUGGUGAUUGGCCCCUUCUUCGUGUCAUGAAAGGUAUAUUUGAAGGUGGGCUGGACAGUGUUGGCAGGGGUGAUGUGGAUGAAGAGGAAGAGGAAGAGGGUGUUGAGGGUGAUUGGGGUGAAGAGCUGGAAAUGGUUGAUGCGGAUGGAUUGCAGAAUGGGGAUGUCACUGCAAUUUUGGAGGACGGAGAAGAGGCUGAAGGAAAUGACGAAGAUGGUGGAUGGGACCUUGAAGAUUUAGAUCUUCCUCCUGAGGUAGACACUCCAAGGGUUUCUGUCAAUUCUAGAUCUGCAGUUUUCGUGGCACCAACUCCUGGUAUGCCUGUUAGUCAAAUAUGGAUUCAGAGAUCAUCUCUUGCUGCUGAACAUGCAGCAGCUGGCAACUUUGAUACGGCAAUGCGGCUGCUGAGCCGACAACUUGGCAUUAGAAACUUUGCCCCACUGAGAUCCAUGUUUCUUGAUCUUCAUGCUGGCAGCCACAGCUAUCUUUGUGCCUUUACAUCUGCCCCAGUUGUGUCCCUAGCUGUUGAAUGGGGCUGGAAUGAGUCAGCUAGUCCUAAUGUGAGGCGUCCUCCAGCUCUUGUAUUUAAUUUCUCUCAGUUGGAAGAAAAGCUUAAGGCUGGUUAUAAAGCCACUACAGGUGGAAAAUUCAAAGAAGCUCUUCAGCUUUUCCUUAGUAUUCUUUAUACAAUUCCUUUGAUUGUAGUGGAGUCAAGAAGGGAGGUAGAUGAGGUCAAGGAGUUAAUUAUUAUUGUGAAGGAGUACGUUCUUGGUCUUAAAAUGGAAGUUAGCAGGAGAGACAUUAAGGACAAUCCAGUGCGGCAGCAGGAGCUUGCUGCUUACUUCACCCAUUGCAACCUUCAAAUGCCUCACUUAAGGCUUGCUCUGCUGAAUGCAAUGACUGUCUGCUAUAAGGCAAAGAACUUGGCUACUGCAGCUAACUUUGCCAGGCGUCUGCUAGAAACGAACCCAACAAAUGAGAAUCAAGCAAAGACAGCCAGGCAAGUGCUCCAGGCUGCAGAGAGGAAUAUGACUGAUGCCACUCAGCUGAACUAUGACUUCAGAAACCCAUUUGUUAUUUGCGGGGCGACUUACGUCCCAAUUUACCGAGGGCAGGAGGAUGUAUCUUGUCCGUACUGUAGCAGUAGAUUUGUGCCUAGCCAGGAAGGUCAGUUGUGUGCUGUCUGUGAUCUUGCAGUGAUUGGGGCAGAUGCUUCUGGCUUGCUCUGUUCUCCUUCACAGAUUCGAUGAUCAGGCUGCUAAACUGGAACUUCUUUCAAAUUCCAUCUUGCUCUUUUUUCUUCUUUCUUUUUGGCUGAUAAACCAAUCAAGUUGAUUGAUUUAUCUCUGCAGGUACAAGUUUAGAAAUACUGAAUAAGAGUAAAUCACCAAAUUAAUGGUUUGUUUUCUCUUGGGUUUUUGGUUGUGCCCUUCGAUUUGUUCAUUAUGAUUUUCAAUGUUGUAAACAAUUUGAGAAUUUUGACUACGGUUAUUCAUGUUCAUAGGCAAGAACAAUAAUAGUUAGGACUUACAUGUCAAUGUAUCCCGAUGCCAUUUUGAGAUCUUAUUUCUGAGAUUUAGUGUUUUUUGGUGAAUCAUUGUUUUCCAGUUUAAAUAGAUGAGCCUUGUUGUAUUUGUGCAAUUGCUUAUAAUUCCCUUUUCUUUUCUUUUCUUUUCUUUUUUUUCCUUUGUUUCUUUUUAUGCAUUUUAUAAUUGCUGUUUUUUAUAUGUUGACCACUUUUUUUUGAAGGAGGGAAAUUGGGACGUAGGGGGAGGGAGAAAGGAAUACAAGGGAGUUCAACUCCAGUUGUGUGGGUGGAGCAUAUACAUGGUGACCACACAAGUCAUGGAUCAAGAUUCUUAUAUGUUGACCACUUAUUACGUCACUUAUUUCUCGAAAAAAAACAGAAGAUGGACUGGAAUAGAUUCGAAGUCAUUUAUCAUGUAUCUGAACUAUAAGUGGAAGCUAGGUUAUGUGGGAAAAAAAAGGUCCAAGUUUU